GCAAAGCCAUUCUUCCAAAAGCUGGUCGUGGGAAAUGGUCCGCCAGAGGAUCUUUUCAAAACAAUUUGUGAAUACGCAACUCAAGGUAACCCGGCGCAACGACGGCUUUUAGAUUCCAUACUUCGAAUGCUCGCCGACGAAGUCAUACGGUUCCUUCAGGAGUAUCCAGAUCAUCUUUUACCCCACAUUGCAAAUCUCUACGGCAGUAUCCUAGCUGCGAUAACUUUCAUUGUUCUGCUUUAUGCCCAGUCUUUCCUAGACAAUGCAUGUUUUUCACCCACCUCCUUCCGACCGUCCGGUCAGUUACACGGUCCGCAUCAAGCCCUUUCCGGUUCUACUCCCGGUUCUUCCACGCAGCUGAGUAGCAUGAAUUUCACCGCUGCCCCUCCUCCGCAAUCGGAUUUAGUGGUCAGACCACCGGAUCCGCCCGAGGAGGCCGUGUCCGAUCGAAUCUCCUUCCUUUUCAAUAACGUAUCCAAAACCAAUGUGAAAGAAAAGUCCACAGAGUUGGUUGAAUUACUUCUAUCAGACGAACGUAUUCAACCGUGGUUCGCGUUCUAUCUUGUUGGCAAACGGGUCCCCGUGGAACACACAUUUCAUGACCUGUUUGCUCUCUUGAUAUUGCGCAACAUUCGCCUGGACCGAGAUGAUAUGCAAGCACGGAGCACUUUGAAGAACUUGGGCAGUUUCCUUGGCUUAGUCACACUGGCCCGCAACAAGCCGUUGCUUCAUGACGAUCUAAGUGUGAAGGACUUGAUAUACGAAGCCUACCACAAAGGUCCCAUUCCGACCCAAUAUGUGGUGCCCUUCGUGGCUCNGCGUAGUUCGAGGUUAUUCCAACCGCCCAAUCCAUGGACAAUGGCAGUGCUGAAAGUUCUCCGCGAGUUAUACGAUAUGCGAGAUGUAAAGGACUGCUUACGAUUUGAGAUUGAAAUUCUCUACCGAGCGUUUAAACUGAACUUGGAUGAUGUACAGUUGGCCUACUUCCUAAGAGAUCCAAGUCAUUUCAACAAUUUGGAAGUGCACCUUUGUUUUCUUGUGACUGGUUCCGCCACGACGUCUUCCACCGGUCUCGAAACCACCACCAUAUCUAUGGCUGGCACUGUGAGCGGUUCGGAGCCACCAGGGGCCAUUACUACAACCAGUUUGUCAAAUGUUACCGAUAUAGUAUCAGUUUCAAAUACUGCAGCCAACAACCGCUCUGGGGGUCCCGCAAACAAUGCAGCGACCGCGGCAGUUGCUCUGCUGCAAGCCAAUCCACGUCUGCGUGGUCUGAUCGAGCCGGCCGUCACACGGGCAAUCAACGAACUGACUACUCCGGUUUUCGAGCGAUGCGCGCGAAUCACAGUGACAACUGUAGCUGCUAUCGUGCGUAAGGAUUUCGCACUCGAUCCUAAUCCGAGUAGAAUGCUUUUCGCCGCACGUCAGAUGGUUCGUCAUCUAGCCGCCGGCAUGUCCUUGACAACGGCUCGCGAGGCCCUAGGCAUGAGUUUGGUGACAACUUUAAAAAAUAUCAUCCUAGCCGAAGUGCAAUCCGCCUCUGGUCAAGAGAAAGAAGCUGUACAGCGUUUGGCUCAUUUCCUGGUAGCGGAAGCUAUGCACGCGUGUUUGGCAUUUAUGCAAAAAUCGGUAGCCGAAAAAGCCGUGAGUGACGUAGAACAAAAGUUGGAACCGGAUUUGAAAUUGCGAGCCGAGAUGAACUCGCGUCGCUUUCUAGAGCAGGCUACUAGUCAGCUUGCUGCGCAACAGGAAAAAGUGGAACUUCUAAUGCGCAACUGGGUAGAGAUAUAUCAGAGCAUGAGACAACGUGAUGCGAAUACGAUUGACGCUCUAUUGACUCAACUUGUUCAAAUAGGCGUGUUGGCAAAUAUGGACAAUUUGACUCGGUUCCUGCGAUUGGCUACCAUUUUUGUGGUCGAGCGCGCCCUGAAGCAACUCAAAUUGCAAGAUCAACACCAACAACAUGCCCUGCAGAUGCCCCCGGUUGGAACCACUUUGAAUUCUGCAUACGUAGAGUUGGAUGCUUAUACUCGGCUGAUCAGUAUUGUAAUCAAGCGCGGAGGUGUUGUUCUGCUGAAUAAGGUUCUCGGCAUCAUUGCGGGGAUGUUACUCCAAGAGCAUGAAGUUCGCCGAGACUGGUUCUACUCAAUGCCCUUCGAGCGUAUUCUGAUCAUGCUUUUUGUGGAGUUGCAUCCCCCAACCACAUUACCCGAACUAGAAGCUCUGCAGUCACCCGGGUUUGUUGCCGAUGGUGUCGCUAGCGAACCACGUGCAUCGGCCUUCGUUUUUGCGUGGUUGGAAAUGCUCGCUCAUCGUUGGUUUGUUAGCCGCAUUUUGGCUGCUCCCGGUCCACCAGGGCUUCGUGCUGCUUAUCAGGCAAUGUACGCUCAGCUCCUCGUGGAUCUUCUCAAAUUCUUGGGCUAUUUCCUACAAAAUGCUGUAAUGGUGAAACCAAUUCAGUGUCUGUACAAAGCCACUCUCCGCUUGUUCCUGGUCCUCAUUCAUGACUUCCCCGAAUUCGUCUCGGACUACUAUGCACUGUUCUGUGAUGUAGUUCCUUCUAACUCCAUCCAGCUGCGAAAUUUAAUCCUCUCGGCACUGCCCAAGCGUGGUAUGCCUUCGGCUGACCCAGUUCAGGUGAGAUUUCUUUCUUCAGUCUGUUUUCGACCACCUUGUGAUUUUUUUAAUUUGUACAUGUCCACCAAUAUUUCCUACUACAGACUGACUUUGGAUGCUUACCUAGCUAGUCGUGCUCCUGUGAAACUAUUGAGCGAGCUACUCGCCACUUUUGGACUAGCUGACGGAAUGCAUUACAAUGUGGAGCUAAUGAACAACCUGACCCUAUAUGUCUGUAUCACUGCGAUCCGUAGUUUGCGCGAAAAAGGAAUGCCGUUGAAUAUGAGCACCAUCGCGCACACACCUCAAAUGGACAUCAUCCAAAGUCUGGUCUUGAAUCUGGACAACGAAGGUCGCUAUCUGUUACUGAACUGCAUGGCGAAUCAGUUGCGCUAUCCCAACUCACAUACAUACUACUUCAGCUACACGAUCCUCUAUCUUUUCUCGGAACAAUCCAAGGAGCAGGUGAAGGAACAAAUUAGUCGUGUGUUGCUCGAACGACUAAUUGUCAAUCGUCCACACCCAUGGGGUUUGCUCAUGACCGGUGCAGAACUGUUACGCAAUCCGGCCUAUCGGUUCUGGGAGCACGAAUUUGCUCGCUGUCAUCCGGAGAUUGAUUACUCGAAACAGCUAUUUUACUCCACUUUUUCUGCGACUGCUUCUCAUAAUGGUUCGCGAUUAUCCGUCAACUGCAUUGUUCGGUUUGGUGAUUCAGGGUAUGGAUUGACUGAAAUACGCCCGAUCGCGUAA